AUGUAUAGAAAACUGUUGAUCUCACUUUGCCUCAUUGGUUUAACAUCAGCAGCUGUCACAGUUGAUGCUUCUCAACAUUGUGACUGCACAGAACUCAAUCAAACAGAUUGUGCAUUAGCCUUAUCUUGGUGUCUUUGGAAUACAUCAGAUUCUGAAUGCCAAGAGUACAGCUUGGGUUGCUCAGAUUUAGCAUCAUAAAUUCUUUGCGAUGCUGCCGAUUCAUGCAAAUGGAACAGUGGAUCUUGUGAAGAUUGGGACCCCUCAUGCUCUGAUGGAACAACCGCCGCCCUUUGUAACGAUAUUGACGAUUGUUAUUGGAACAAGAGCAAUGCUUGUGCUAGCUUCUCAGCUUGUACUGAUUACUCCGCAGAAAACUGCCCAGGAAGCGAAUGGUGCACAGCAUCUUCAGGAUCUUGCGCAGCCUACACUUUUGUUACAUGCUCAUCAUUCACAACUGCUGCCACAUGCCUUGGAUAUGAUACAAAAACAACAAGAUGUGCUUGGGCUAACGAUAACACAUGCAAAUCAUUGGGAGCAGUCAGUGCUUGCUCAGAUCUUAAUAACUUCACAAAUUUAUGUAACGCUUCAGGAAGUUGUGUCUAUGAAGGAUCUGCUUGCCGUGCUGAAAAAUGCUCAGAUGCCUCAUCUGAAUUAACAUGUAACGCCAUUAGCACAGGUGAUACCACCUAUAGCUUAUGUUCUUGGGCUAAUAAUGCUUGCGCUGAUGCUGCUGAUACCUCAGCUUUCACCAAAGAUAACUGUUAUGCAAGAACUUUCAGAAAUUACAAAUGGUCAUCAGACAAUAAAUGUGUUGCUUGUGAUGAUUUGGUUGACAACGAUGACAUGAGUAAUUCAGUCAUUUUGGGAGCAUUUGUCCUCUUAGCCUUAAUUGCAUGAUUUGAUAGUGUAUUUUCACAGAAUUAUAUAUUAAUUUAAACAUUUUUC